UCAGAGAGGCCAAGCGCCCAGACGCGGCAGCUCGCGUAGAAACCGGGCGGAAAACGCGGGAGAAGGUCGCCGCUUCCGCGACCGCCCGGUACAAGCGCCCCGCCAGGGCAAAGAUGGACGAUAAGCUGAUGUCACGCGUGUUUUUUUUCCCCCGGAGCUGUACAACGACACUAUGUCCGAUUUCCGUUGCAUGGAAAGUCGAGCAAGAGCUUGGCGAAGCAUCAGCACAUUAACGAGUAUCCCGUCUGAAGUCUGCAAAAGGAAAUUGAAGAAUCUGAGGGACAGGUAUUUGAAGGAAGUUCGAAUGGAGAUGAAGAGCAAACAGCAGGGUGAGGUGACUCCGAGCCGAUGGAAAUACAGAUAUCUUCUAAAUGUUAUUGCACCCUUCACAGGAUUAAGAAACUGCGCAGCAGAGAACGGUAACAACGAAGACCACGUGACCAAUGGACCCGUUACCACGGCGGGAGAAACCCCACCCUCGGAAGCAGUCGGUGCACAGCAGGCCCUAAAGAAGCCCCCCGUAAGUCAAGCUGAACCCACGUCCCAGGCAGCUUUUAUAAACCAACGGCCUUUGGUGUCUCAAGACGCCCAGCUCGCCCUUUUAACCAGGAUGCCAGGCGCCCAGAUAAAGACCGCCAGCAAGCCUGGGAGGAAACACCGUAUUGAGCGAGAGAGAGUUUCAACGCCCUGUUCCUCGAGUGCAACAGUUCCCGCAAAGAGGCGGCCCAAAGGAAACGACAUGUUUGUUCCCAACAGACCACACGAUGAGGACGAGCUGUUUCUGCUGAGCUUCGUCCCUGCUCUGAAGCGACUUGCCCCACAAAAAGGAUGCGAGACAAAGCUGAGGAUCCAGCAGGUCAUGUAUGAAGCAGAGUUCAAUGCUGCACUGCCACGACCUCAAGAGAAACCGCCAGAAACGCAGCAGGACUAGGCCCUGUUUAUCUCACGCCCUGACUCUUGAUGUUUUAUACAACUCCUUUAAAGAAACGUCCAUUAAAAAGAUUACAUUUUUCU